ACCUCAACCUUCGCCUUCGACCACUAUCACCACCACCCCCCGUAGCCUCUGAGCUUACCUUUGCGUCCAAUACAUUACAUUCUCCAAUGGCUCCCAAACCCACUUCCACUGCUUCCAAGGCUCCUGCCUCCACCACCGCCAACAAGGCCCCAGCGUCCACAGCCUCCAAGGCUCCUGCUAAGGAGGGAGGGGCGAAGGCUGCCAAGAAGACCGCGGGGAAGUCCAAGGCUGCCCCUGCUGAUGGGGAGAAGAAGAAGAGGAAUAAGGCUCGCAAGGAGACCUACAGCUCUUACAUCUACAAGGUGUUGAAGCAAGUCCACCCCGACACUGGUAUUUCGAACAAGGCUAUGGCUAUUCUCAACUCCUUCGUUAACGACAUCUUCGAACGUAUUGCUACGGAGGCAUCAAAAUUGGCUUCGUACUCCAAGAAGUCAACCAUCUCGUCGCGCGAGAUUCAGACUGCGGUCCGCCUCAUCCUCCCAGGCGAACUUGCCAAGCAUGCUAUCUCUGAGGGAACGAAGUCUGUCACUAAGUUCUCUUCUGCAACUGCAAAGUAGACCGUUGUUCAUACUACAUGAUAUUGUACAUGUCUAAUAUCUCCCAUUUUAUCUGUACAAUAAGGUCCUUGUGUCUUAUGUUUUGUCUCAUUAGUCGGGAUUGCAAUAUAUAGGUCGAGACGAAAACACCAUGAGGAAUAUUUGAAUGAAUGACUAGAAGCCAUAUUUCAUUCCUGCCUCCUUCCUAUUCCGCCUACCCUGAGCAAUUUUCUCCUCCAAUGCCUUGCGAUUUGAAUAAGCCUCCGUAAGCAAGGUCGACAGCUGAUGUCUCGAGCGAGCACGACCACCUAGAGCAGCACCCUUGAUAUUCAUCUUCGGAGCAGCGGGAGCCUCGUCCCCACCCUGCGUCAACCUCUUCUUCUCCUCUCUUUCCUGGAUUUCCUUCUUUGCUCUCUCCAUCUCCGCUAUAGCGUUGACUUCCUGCGCUUCCUCCUCGUUCAGACCUUCGAAUCCCUUUACUUGACCCUUCUCCAAUGCCCGUACGUGAGCGUCGUACUCGCGCUUCCACUUGUCGUAGAAUUUCUUGUAAUAGUCCGGGUCGUAGGCUGCCCACUGCCCAGUAGGCGUCAGGUAGUAGCCAGGGUAGGGAUCUGUUGGCGUUGGCUCCGGGGGGACGAAGUCGUCCACCUUGGGAGCGGAUGAGAUGCCGGUAGGAAUCUUGGGGAGAGGAGAAGGUUGGGAUGAUCCUAAGGGUCCAGCUGGAACCGGGGAGACUGUGUCACGUCGUGAACUGCUUGAUGAACCUAGGGAGAAGAAAUCCACUGCAGGGGCGGCGGACACUCUGGGUGUAGACAACACCUUCGGUGCGGUUCGUGGCGGCCCUUCGGUUGAGAUGUUUGGCUUCCCCUUCUGCAGAGAUACAGGCAGAAACGAUAUAGAAGGUGCACUAGGAGCUGCAGCGGACGAUUCCGUCCCAGCGUCCUCGUCAUUAUCAUCAGCGGUCUGGUCGGUAGAGUCGGUAGCUGAAUGACUAGACGUAUUGAACACGAGCCCGGGGCCGUGUCCACCUCCUAAGACCCGUUCUUUAGGUGGUGGUAGCGGCACCUUCUGCUUUGGAGCUGGUAACAUUGACAAGAGCUUUGACGAGCCCGCACCGCUCUCCAGGCGAGGCUUCUUGGCCAGGGGUUUAUCCUCGUUAUCCUCGUCAUCAUCGUCCAAGGUCGGAAGGUCGAUGGUAAUCUUCUUCUUCUUUUGCGUCGAUUUGGCCUUGGGAAGAGGCAGUGAGAGU